UCAUGUCACGUACGCUUUACAUAAUCACCUUUCAUGUUCUUGCCUUCAAAGACAUACAUGGCAACCGGUGAAGAAUUCAGUGAAAGUUACUUGUUGGUUAAUGCUAAAGAAGCAAGUCUCUAUGACAUAGCUUGUAUUUUGAUCCGAUCAACUAGUUUUUUGAACACUAAAAAUUUUUACAACGAACAAUCGGAACAUGUCGGGAGGUCAGCCUGGGACGAUGUUCGCCGGCGAUUCGUCAUAUUCGCCUCCAUCGUUGCGCAAAAGGUUCUUAUGUGGGCAGAAAAGCCGAUCGCUGGAAUGGGGUCUUUGAUCGAGAUAUGGUUGAAUCUUUUGUCUAGCAAUGGAGGGUUGUUUGGGCUUCUGAUCAAUCAUAUACGAGGGAAGGUGGUGAAGCCUGAGGAAUUGUCGGAAAAGUUUGUGUCAUUCAUCGGAGAACUUGACCAGCGAUUGGAACUCGAUGCAAGUAUUAAAAAAGGCGACGGAAGAUAUAAUUCGUCGCUAGCAAUGAUGGCUGCAAAGUUAUCAUAUGAAAAUGAGGCUUUUGUGGAAGCUGCCAUACAAGAUCAUCUGAAGAUGGCGUUUAUAGGCUUCUACAAAUUUUGGAACGAUUAUCAAAAUCAGUUCACAACAUAUGCAACAAUGUUUCAAGAUACAUUAGAUCCCAACUUGAUAGUAGUAGCAUUUAGAGGAACCAGCCCGUUCAACGCGAAAGACUGGAUGACAGAUUUCGAUAUCUCAUGGUACGAGCUCAAAGAUGAAAACAACUCCAAAACCAUCGGUCGAAUCCAUGGUGGGUUCAUGAAAGCGCUCGGCUUACAAAAGAUCAAAGGUUGGCCAAAAGAACUCGAACCAUCACCAUAUGCAACCAAGGAGCACCCUUUUGCUUAUUACAAGAUUAGAGAAAUGCUCAAGGAUAUUUUAGAAAAGAAUAUAAAUGCAAAGUUUAUAGUGACGGGCCAUAGUUUAGGAGGGGCGUUAGCGAUAUUGUUUGCGGGGGUGUUAGGGCUACAUGAGGAGACAUGGUUGUUGAAGAGGUUAGAAGGGGUAUACACUUUUGGUCAACCAAGAGUUGGGGAUGAGAAUUUUGGGAGAUACAUGAUGCAGAUGAUGGAAGAUCAAGAUGUAAGGUAUUUUAGGUAUGUGUAUGGCAAUGAUAUAGUGCCUAGAUUGCCUUUUGAUGAUACAUCUCUAUUCUUUAAGCACUUUGGGACAACUCUAUACUUCAACAGCUUCUACGACGGCAAGGUUAUGGAGGAAGAACCAAACAAGAACUACUUCUCGAUAGUGUGGACAAUACCCAAGUAUAUCAACGCGUUUUGGGAGGUAAUUAGGAGUUUCAUUUUGCCGUAUUGGAAGGGUAAAGAGUACAAGGAAUCACAUGUUGAAAGAUUAUGCCGCAUGGUUGGAAUGAUUAUUCCAGGAUUAGCAGCUCAUGGUCCAAAAGACUAUGUUGAUGUCACUAGACUAGGUACUGAACUUGUACCAACCAUAAAUGAAUAAGUUAGCAAAGAAGAUAGUAUUAUUGUAAAA